AUGGAGUCAACAGCUUUGAAUGGAAGGAUAACCCGAUGGAAAAUUCUGCUUUCCGAAUUUGACAUAGUCUAUGUGAACCAAAAGGCAGUAAAAGGAAGUGCGAUAGCAGAUUUUUUGGCCAGUAAAGCUUUAGAAGAUUACGAACCCUUAAACUUUGAUUUUUCGAACAAAGAUUUGAUGUACAUUGCAGCUACAGAAAAUGACUCUCAAGAAAACCACCCUUGGAAGUUAAAUUUUGAUGGAGCCUCAAAUGCAGUGGAAUACGAAGCAUGCAUCAUAGGUAUCCGUGCAGCCGUAAAACGAAAGAUCAAAGUGCUAGAGGUAUAUGGGGCACUAGUAAUCUAUCAGCUUAAAGGCGAAUGGGAGACAAGAGAUCCCAAAUUAAUCAAUUAUGGAAAGAUAGUUUUGGAGUUAAUGGAAGAGUUUGAUGACAUCACUUUCUGCUACCUCCCACAAGAUGAGAACCAAAUGGCUGACGCAUUGGCUACCUUAGCUUCUAUGAUCAAAGUAAACAAACAAGAGGACAUGAAGCCUAUCCAUAUGAGUGUUUAUGAGGCUUCGGCUCAUUGCUGUAACAUUGACGAAGAAGAGGAACAAGAUGAUCACCCUUGGACCUCUACCAAGGCAACGCCUUUCUCACUGGUUUAUGGAAUGGAAGUGAUUUUACCCAUCGAGGUCGAGAUUCCUUCCCUCAUAGUUUUGUCAGGAGUGAAAUUGGAUGAAGAAGAAUGGAUCCAGUCUUGA